AUGCCAAACAGCCCAGUGAAGCGGGUUGGCCUGUUGGUUACGCUGCGCCAAUUCGGAAACAGAAUACUGUCAGGGUUCGACACUCCAGGUUACCGGGCAGCUGUGUCGAACACGAAGCUUGACACGUGUAGUGUGAUCUCUGUGACCGCACUCUUCGUCGUCACAGCAUGGUUUUCUCAGGCUACCUUUGCAUUUCACUCCGCAACCUCUUCACAGACGGGAAUCUGGGGCGCGCUCGGUUUGCUUGGAAUUUCGGACACACUGGCGAUCCUCCAAGUCCUCCAAAGCCUUCUGACCACAGCAUCCCUGGCCCUGCUGCUCAACAGUUUCGACAUACUCACAUGGAUACUCACCAAGCGCGACACGGGCAUAAGAACCCUUCGUCUGCUUGGCUUCUCGUCUGUAACUGGUCUAUGGGGCACUCUCGGUUUGCUCUUCAGCCAUCAUACCAGCACUUCCGAUAAGGCAUUGAUCGCGGUAAAACUUGGCCUCCUAGCUGCUACUUGGCUCUCAGGAGUCGUACUAUUCGCCAAGACCGAGAUUGUGGUCGUCAAUCAGUCGAUCUCAUCUUACAAUGUCACCGCAGGCAUUGGAAGUUUCAAAGGUGCAUAUGUUUCCGAGUUCUUGCAACAACUCCAGGAGACGAACGCAGGGUACAAUCAGACAAUAUUACCAUAUUCGAUCAUCAGAACUUCCUCUCAGCUAACGAUCAACCCAAGACAUUCAUUGAAGACACCGCCCGUCACUUGCAACAAAACCCUAGGGUGCGAUUCGUAUCUCCUCCCUGGUGGACUUGCAAUGUCUACGCCGUGGCCGCCAACGGACCAUGCAGACCACCCUCUUAUCACUAUACAUAGUGCGCCUGCCACGCAAAUCGAUUUUGAACGUGAUCAGGAGCAAGACCAAUCCUUUGACGUUGCUCAAGACUGCCUAGCCUUUGGCUCCCAGGGGUUUCUGGUGGGCAUGCAAUUCUGCCUGGCCAAAAGCAAAAGCAAACCGAACUCAUUGGCCGCAGGUUUAUUCGUUUGCACGCAAGGAGCGGAGCACGGUGAAUGUGUUACGAAAACAAAUCCGCCGAAACUUCUCACAACUUUCACAGCAUAUCAGCGCCACGCCACAGUCACAUCCGCGCGUGAUCACAUGACAAUGACCGCAAUACGAGAUGUCUCUGCACCGGUUCAUCAGGAUAAUGUCUCUGUCGAUGCGCUGAAAUUGGCAUUUUCCUGGCUCUUCAACUCUACCGCCGAGGGGAUCCCGAUGCCUUCCUCGGUCACACAGUACUUCUGGUCGAUGCAGGAUCAGCUUGACAAUGAUUAUUGGUCCAUGGAAGCAUACCAGAUGUUUCAGAGUCUACUGGCGUUCCCCUUCUGGCACUUCAACGAGAACAACUACGGCAACGUUCGGCUCCAGUCGGAUACAAUGGUCACUUCACUACCAGCAGAGUUUUACACAUUUGCGACGGUGGAGAAACCAAUGAGUAAGAUUUCGAUUGAUAGGGGCAUGUUCAUCACUUUCUGCAUUCUGCAGGUGAUUUGCAUCAGCUGUUUGUGGUCUGCACUGAUUUGCCAAUGGAUAUAUCACCACGGAAUGCCCACCAAAUCGUCUUAUCCGAUAAUCGACUUUACAAUGAAGACCCAGCAACGCUGUGAUCCACAGGCCUCGAAGUUGAUUAAGGCUACAGCCAGCCCGACGGGCGACGGUGGCAUAAUCGACCGCUAUGCAGACGACAACCUGAUCAGGCAGUUACUCAAAGAUGAAUAUACUGUCCUUCGCAACAUUGGGAGCAAAUAG